AUGCCAGCAAGCAAGUUCCAGCAUUGGUCUCAAAGGAAAAACCAAACACAAGAUCAUCAUCAUGGUUUCCGCUUGUGUUAUGCCUCUCAACCACAGAUUCAACCUUUUCAUCAGACGUUUGUGUUUGUGGAAGGAUCCUUUGAAUCACAAGAUGAUACUGCAACAACCACUGGCAAGACCUUCUCCAUUUAUGAAAUCUCAGAUUUGAAGAAUAUUCAAUGUAGAGAAAUCUUUAGGGUGGAUGAUCUUUCUGCCUUGUCCGAUAAAAACAAAAAGCCAGCUUCGUUGAGUGAAGUGAAAUUGGAUUGGGAAUCGGAGAUGUGGUCGAGAAAUUCCAACGAGUCGACUACGAAGAAUGAUGAAAAUUCUCCUGCAGAACCAGGAAGAAGAAUGAGAGCCUUGUGUCAUGUUGGAUACUUGACCGCUGCACACUGUACCUGCAAUGAGGAAGCCAUCAUCACUAAUUGGAAUUUGAAGGAAGACAUGUUCAUUCAACACUAUACACGCACCUCGAAUAAUGUUGCUAUGGGAUUUGUGAAUGGAAGAGCUCUCUUCAUGCAGUCUUCUGGUACCUAUACUCUUCCACAGAUCGAAAAAAGACAAAAUGAUUGUAUGCCACCAUUGUUGACUCUUGAAACAGUGGGAAUAUCAGUGUCUUCUUCCUCCUCAGGAAAGGAUCGCUGUAAGAACGCCUUCCUAGUGUUGCCCUGUUCAAACAUUGCAACGAACAAUACUGAAAAUUAUUCCUUUAGUGGAAUUUAUUUUGGCGAUUCAAUUUACAGAUAUUCAUUGAAGCAGAAUGAAUUUGUGACAAGUCAUCCAAUCCCUCUCCUCGAUGAGACACUUUCAAAGAAUUUCAGCUUCUCUGAAGGUCAUUUUGGAAGAUAUCCCAAAUUUGUACCGUUCAUGGAGAAUGAUCAAAGAUUGAGAAGCUUUAUGUUGCAAGAAGGAAAACUUUACGAGUUCCUUUGGAGCGAUUCUGAAUGUACCAGCUUGAAAGUCGUUCAACAUUUGGAAUGGUGGAAUGAUGAUUUUGAGAGUGUGACAAGAAUUGGCAAUGUUGGACUUUUGCUUCGUACCCAUGAAGGUGCCGUGUUUUAUAUUCCUCAAGCACUCGGAAAUAAUGAACCCUUCUCUAAGGCAAAAGGAAAGAUUGGUAUCAUCAACAACCAGUUUAGCGAACUUUUCUGGUGUGAGCAAUCACAAUGCGUGGCCCAAUUUAACAAUGAAACAAAGCGCUUGUUUGAAAAGGUACUCUCUUUGCAAGAUUUAAUGGGAUUGGAAUUCAAGCUUGUCAGUGAUUUAUUCAAUGAGGAGACCUAUUUGAAAGACUUGGAGUUCUCUUGUUAUGACCCUCGAUUACAGGACUCCAAGAGUUUGGAAAUAGUUGAUCCUUCAACACUCUCGCGAGAGAAACAAAGAGUAUCUAUUGCUUAUCAAUGUGUCGAGAAUGGAUAUAAUGACAUGGAAAUUAUUGCAGGAAUAGGGUGUAAAGAAUUUAAAGACAAAUUAGGAGAUGCCAUUAGUGACUCUUAUGUAGAACUUGAACCUGAAGAUUUUGCCUCUUAUCUGGGUGCUCCAAUUAUGCAUACUACAUCUUGGUUUCCUGAUCGCCUAGAGUAUCGUUACUUUAUUUUGGACAUGAAGGAUGGAAGAAAAUCGAGUGGUAUCAUUAACAUUGCAAGUAUAACUCGUGGAUGUUCCUCAUCGACAAGUAUCAAUUUGAAAGAUUUGGUUGAGGAGCGUAACAAAAUGAGAGACGAAGUGGACGGUGCCGAGACCUCAAAAACACAUUCAAGGAAAAGCAGCUUUAUUGGAAUUCUCUCACCCAAAUCUUCAAAUCAAUCAAGAUCAAAAGAAGAAACUGCUUCAUCAUUGGUGUCACAAUCACUCUCACAAAAAAAACCUAAGAUCUUUGAAAAACUUGCUCUUGAACAAUUAUUCCAGGUAGAGAGCACCCAAAUUCGUGUUUGUGAUCCCUUCUCCGAAAGAGGUGGCGUGAUUAUUGAAAAUGUAAAACCUGGUUUAUGGAAAUGGGUUCAAUACGGUUGUGACUCGAAAAUUUUUGACGGUAGAGGUAAUGUGGCUCAAUUACUUGCCUUUCACGGUGAUUACAAAUACCUGUUGCAAGAUCCUAAAAUUUGGAUCGUUCCUGAGGGCACUUAUCAACCAAAUGAUCGCUCUCGAAAAAUUGAAAAGAAUGAGUUCCACGAAAAGGAAUUGGAAGGUGGAUGGUAUGUCAUGAAGCUUGGAGUUGGAGUUGAUGUGGCUAUGGCAGGAAUUUAUGAUCAAAAGUAUUUCAAUGAUGCAUCCGUUCUAGAGCUCGAGAAGAAGCAAAAUCGAUCUGCUAUUGACCUUAAUUUCAAAUUCAGUUUUUUCUCGGAAUGGCAAGAAUAUGUGAAUAAGGUUAUGGAGCAACGAAACUACCCAAACAGCAUUCCAGUGCCAUACGGAAUCAUUUCAUCUAGUGGUUACGGUGACGGAUGUUAUGCAUGUUUGUUUAAAAAGAGUGAAGAUCAAGUGGUUGCUGUGAAAUUGGUAUUCGUGAACGAAACUAAUUAA